AUGAGUACAACUGAUGGGCAGGGUACAGCCCGAAGUACCCCGUGGGGGUCCUCACCCCCUCUCGUUAAAACUCAAGGUGGGGAACCCGAUCGAAGCAAGGGAGGAAAUUUUUCCAUUUAUGAUGACCAAUCGUCUGAUGCCCCACGUGGAGAUCGGUUUCUGAGGUUUGGUACAUGGAAUGUAGGGACAAUGACAGGGAGAUCUGGAGAAGUGGUUGAAACAUUGGUCAGAAGAAGAGUGGACAUAUGUUGUGUGCAGGAGACACGGUGGAAGGGAAGUGGUGUGAGAAUGGUGAAGGGAAGGCAGGGGCAGAAGUACAAGUUUAUGUGGCAAGGGUGCCCGGAAGGCGUGCAUGGUGUUGGUGUCAUGUUUUCUGAGGAGUUUGUAGACAGUGUAGUGAGUGUGACUAGAGUGAGUGAAAGGUUGAUGAUGGUGAGAAUUGUGAUCGGAAAUCUCUUGGUGAACGUCAUCUCGGGAUAUGCCCCGCAGGUCGGUCGAAGCGAUGAAGAGAAGAACAUGUUCUGGUGUGCGAUGGAGAAGUUGAUGGAAAAUGUGAAAGAUGAGGAAGUUGUUGUGGUUGGAGGAGACUUGAAUGGACAUGUGGGAAGGAGUCCAGACGGUUUUGAGGGAGUCCAUGGGGGUUAUGGAUAUGGUGUGAGAAAUGGAGAAGGUGAAAGGAUCUUGGAGUUUGCUGAUGGAGCUGAUUUGUUGCUCUGUAAUACUCAAUUCCAGAAAGCGAAUAAUAAGCUUAUUACAUACACGUCAGGUGGGGUGAAAGGUGCGCGGAGAAUUCGGCGGGUGAAGUACCAACCGAGGAUGAAGGUGUGGAGGUUGAAAGAGGCGACAGUGAAGGAAGCAUUAAGAGAGAGGCUGAGUAUGGUUGAAGAUGAUGUGGUUGAGCUUGAAAGUGGUUGGAUGUCAAUGAAAGAUAGUCUAUUGGGAGCCGUUGGUGAGGUAUGUGGAUGGACAAAAGGACCACCGAGGCACUCGGAAACAUGGUGGUGGGAUGAUGAAGUUGGAAAGACGAUUGAAGAGAAGAGGAAGAAGUUCAAGGAAUGGCAAAAGGCAAAGGAUACGGUGGAAGAAGAGGCUGCACAUGAAAGUUAUAAGGAAGCCAAGAAGGCU